CUACCUACCAACCAAGAUAACUGGACCCCACCACACCACAAUCUCUCAUUCACAAUCACAAACCUCCAAAUUUCACCUAUAAAACUUUCUCAUACCUUUUUCUUCUCCUUCUUCUUCCUUUGCAUCAUCACUUUUGUUUUUCUUUCUUUCUUUCUCAUCACUUAAAAAGUGUUCAAUUUAUCAAAAGACCCUUUUUAGUGUUUUCAAGAGACAACCAUAAUGAUCCUAUCACAGAAAGAUUAAACCAUGCUUUGUCGGCCAUUCAAACUUCACAUCCCAAAAAAGAUCCUUCCCACUCAUUUCUUACCCUGUGGAGAUAUUCAUUUUUCUGAUUCAUCAACUUUUUAGUCUAUCUUCUUCAUUUUAUUAAUCCUAGGACAAAAGGGUUUCUAUUUUGAUUCUAAAAAUCUCAUCUUUUUUGCUUCAGAUCAAAGAUCCUCACUUUUCAUACCAUAAGGUGAAGUGGGUAUAUUCUAUUUUUUUUGAGGAUUCAGUUUUAUUCAUUAAUUAACUUCCAUGGCUCUUCUCGAUUUUCCUUCAAAGGGAUUCAUUGAUCCCAAUUGGUGAAUUGGUUGCUCUUUUGAAAAGUGAUGGUGGGCUUUGAAAGGCGUUGAUUAUUAAGAUAUCUAGGAACAUGAAGGAGGGAAGAGGUUAUGCAAAAGGGUAUUCCGUUAAUUUGUUGCUACUAUUGAGUUUACUCUUUUGUAGCACAGAAGGGUUGAAUUUAGAGGGACAAAUUCUCUUGGAGAUCAAGAAUGGACUUCAUGAUAAGUAUAAUCUUUUGGGAAAUUGGAAAUCUAGUGAUGAAACUCCAUGUGGCUGGGUAGGUGUAAAUUGCAUUUAUAUACAUGGUAGUGGUAGUGAUCCGGUGGUUGUUUCUCUUAAUUUGAGUUCUAUGGAUCUUUCUGGAACUCUAAACGGUAGCGUUGGGGGUCUUAACAAGUUAACUUAUCUCAAUCUUGCUUAUAAUGGUUUUAUUGGGAAUAUCCCGAAGGAGAUUGGUGAGUUAUUGAGUUUGGAAUAUCUUUACUUGAACAAUAAUCAAUUUGAGGGACCGAUUCCGGUUGAAUUAGGUAAGUUGUCUGUUUUGAAAAAUUUGAAUAUUUGCAACAAUAAACUCUCUGGUGUUCUUCCGGUCGAGUUUGGAAACCUGUCUUCUUUGGUUGAGUUAGUUGCUUUUAGCAACUUUCUCGUUGGCCCGUUGCCUAAUUCUGUUGGAAAUCUUGAGAAUCUCGUGACUUUCAGAGCUGGGGCGAAUAACAUUACUGGUAUCUUGCCGGAAGAAAUUGGCAGAUGUAGGAGCUUGGUACGUCUAGGUCUUGCUCAAAAUCAAAUCGAAGGGGAGAUACCGAAGGAGAUUGGGAUGCUCGAAAACUUAAAAGAAUUGGUUUUAUGGGAAAACAAGUUAUCAGGAGUUGUUCCUAAAGAGCUUGGGAAUUGUAGCAGGCUUGAGAUCCUUGCUUUAUACGGGAAUAGUUUUGUUGGACCGUUACCUCAUGAGAUUGGAAACCUGAAAUCGUUGAAGUGGUUGUAUCUUUACAGAAAUAAGUUGAACGGAUCCAUUCCAAGGGAAAUUGGAAAUCUUUCUUCAGCUUUACACAUUGAUUUCUCAGAGAACUCGUUGGCAGGCGAUAUUCCAUCGGAGUUCAGCAAAAUCCGUGGUCUAAGUUUGCUCUUUCUCUUUGAGAAUCAUCUAACUGGUGUGAUACCAAAUGAGUUUGGUAGCUUGAAGAACUUGACGAAGCUGGACCUGUCGAUAAAUAAUCUUACCGGUCCGAUUCCUUCCGGUUUUCAAUAUUUGACUCAUAUGUAUCAGCUGCAACUUUUCGACAACAACCUAAGUGGUGUUAUUCCUCAGGGACUUGGACUUUAUAGUCGUCUUUGGGUGGUUGAUUUUUCCGACAACAACUUGACGGGAAAUAUCCCUCCUUAUCUAUGCCGAAACUCUCAUUUGAUGCUGUUGAAUCUCGCCGAUAAUCAGCUUUAUGGAAACAUACCAACAGGUAUAUUGAACUGUGAAUCAUUGGCACAGUUGCUUUUGGUCGGUAACAGGCUAACUGGUGGUUUCCCUUCGGAAUUGUGUAAACUUGAGAACCUUACCGCCAUUGAUUUGAAUGAUAACAGGUUUACCGGUCCGCUUCCUCGUGAGAUUGCAAACUGCCACAAUUUGCAAAGGCUUCAUAUUGCAAACAAUUACUUCACAUUGGAGUUGCCGAAGGAAAUAGGAAAUCUCUCUCAAUUGGUGACUUUUAAUGUUUCUUCUAAUCUUUUCACCGGAAGAAUCCCUCCUGAAAUUUUUUGGUGCCAGAGGCUGCAGCGGCUUGAUCUCAGUCAGAACCGUUUUACUGAUUCGUUGCCGAAUGAAAUUGGAACACUUCAGCACUUGGAGAUUCUCAAGCUCUCAGACAAUAAAUUGUCUGGAACUAUUCCUGCUGCAUUAGGCAAUCUGUCUCAUUUGAACUGGCUGCUUAUGGACGGUAAUUUGUUUUUCGGCGAAAUACCUCCUCAGCUGGGUUCUCUUUCGAGCUUACAGAUAGCAAUGGAUCUCAGUUACAAUAAUCUUUCUGGUAGAAUACCGUCUCGGCUUGGCAAUCUCAAUAUGCUUGAAUAUCUCUUUCUCAAUAACAACCAAUUGGAUGGCGAAAUUCCGAGUACCUUUAGCGCACUUUCUAGCUUGAUGGGAUGUAACUUCUCAUACAAUAACCUCUCUGGACCUAUCCCUUCUACUAAAAUUUUCGAAAGUAUGGCUUUAAGCAGCUUUGUUGGUGGUAACAUAGGCCUUUGCGGUACACCUCUCGUUGACUGCAAUAGCUUUUCAGCUUCUCGCUCUAUUCCCUCGGCGAAAGACGGUGAUUCUUCGCGUGCCAAAGUUGUCAUGAUCAUUGCAGCUACUGUUGGUGGUGUUUCUCUCGUUUUGAUUAUAGUUAUUUUAUAUUUAAUGAGACGACCCCGGGAGCCUGUUGAUUCCUUUGUAGACCCCGAAACUCUCUCGCCAGAUUCGGAUAUCUAUUUCCCUCCAAAAGACGGUUUCACAUUUCAAGACCUACUUGAAGCUACAAAAAGAUUUCAUGAAAGUUAUGUCAUCGGUAGUGGAGCAUGCGGAACGGUUUAUAAAGCAGUGAUGAAAUCCGGUAAGACAAUUGCUGUUAAGAAGCUAGCGUCGAACCGGGAAGGGAACAACGUCGAUGACAGUUUCAGGGCUGAGAUAUCGACACUAGGAAGGAUAAGGCAUCGGAACAUAGUGAAACUGUAUGGUUUUUGUUACCAUCAAGGUUCCAAUCUCUUACUUUAUGAAUACAUGGAACGAGGUAGCUUAGGUGAAUUAUUGCACGGUUCUGCAAGUAAUUUAGAGUGGCCAACUCGAUUCAUGAUUGCUCUCGGAGCUGCUGAAGGCCUCGCUUACUUGCAUCAUGACUGUAAACCGAAGAUUAUUCACCGGGAUAUAAAAUCUAACAACAUCCUUCUAGAUGAAAAUUUUGAGGCUCAUGUUGGUGAUUUUGGCUUGGCGAAAGUGAUAGACAUGCCUCAGUCAAAGUCGAUGUCCGCAGUCGCUGGAUCUUAUGGAUAUAUUGCUCCGGAAUAUGCAUAUACCAUGAAGGUUACCGAGAAGUGUGACAUAUACAGUUACGGCGUUGUGCUGUUGGAAUUGCUAACCGGAAAAUCUCCAGUUCAACCGAUGGAGCAAGGAGGCGAUCUUGUUACAUGGACGAGAAACCAUAUUCGGAACCAUAACAAUACGUUGAGCUCAGAGAUACUCGAUACUCGUCUUGAUCUUGAAGACCAAAUCACUAUAAACCACAUGCUCACUGUUCUGAAACUUGCUUUAAUGUGCACAAGUAUGUCUCCUACUAAGCGUCCGUCAAUGCGCGAAGUUGUGUUGAUGCUCAUCGAGUCGAAUGAGCGAGAAGGGAACUUAACACUUACUCGAACAAACCAUGAUCCUCCUCCUUCUAAAGAUAACACAUGAAAUUAUGCUAGUUCUCUUGAGAGUUUUGUUAACAGAUAUGAUUUUUGUACAUUCUUUUACUUCAUUAUGCUACUAGAGUUGAUAAUUUUAAUUUAUACUUGUCUUUUUAUUGAUUUCACUUAUAUGUAUACAACAAUCCUAGAAAUCUAAGAUCUAAAAAGACUCUUGAUUUUGCUAGAUACAAUGUGUAUUUGAGCCACUAAAUUCACUUUAUUAUAGUAUUUUAGUACUCAUAAAGAAGUUUAUACAA